UUAUAAAUCAUUUUCCUGUAAUAAUAAAGCAUCAUAGACAUUUCAGGGCUCAAAACUGAUGCUCCUUCACCUUGUCUGAAGUUAUUACAAAUCCUCCACAUGAAAGCCAAUCUUGAGUUUUUCACUGAUUGAAUAUGCAGCUCCCUUGGUUAGCCAAACAUGAACUAGCAGCAACCGUGUUCAUUAUCGUAUCCCUUAUUACCCAAGUUACCAGCAACCUUAAUUUCAAUUUCCCUUUCUUCCAACCAGAGGAUGAAGCUCAUUUAUUGCUCAACGAGAACUCAAAAAUCUACUUGAAUGCCGUUCAAGUGACCCCUGAUAUUCGUGGUCCUAUCACAAACUAUUCAGGCAGGGUAUUCUAUAAAGAACAACUCAAGUUAUGGGACGGUCAAAGAGGAACCAAAACUUCAUUCAAUUCUAGUUUUGUUUUCAAUAUUUAUCCUGUAAGCUCUCCUGGUGGUGAGGGAUUUGCUUUCAUAUUGACAGACGACACUUCUCUUCAGCUUAACAGUGGAGGCCAAUGGCUUGGUAUCGUCAACUCAACAAGCACAGGGGUCACUGACAUCGUUGGAGUAGAGUUCGAUACAAGGAAAAGCUUCCAUGAAGAUGUUGAUGACAACCAUGUUGGGGUGGAUGUUAAGAGCAUCUAUUCCAUCAAACAACAAUCUCUUGGACCAUAUGGUGUUAAUCUCUCUAGCGGCUCUGAUGUUGUUGCUACUAUUUACUUUGAUGCUAAACAUGGGAAAAUUACUAUCUUUGUUAGUAUGUUAGGAGAUUUGACGGGGAGACCAGUGCUUGUGGUGGAUCGUGACCUCUCUGAACUGCUUCCAGAAAAUGUUUUUGUGGGGUUUUCAGCUUCCACGGGAGAAUAUACCCAGCUUAACUCAAUAAGAUCAUGGAAUUUCUCUAGCUGGACGGAUAUUGAGAAGAAUCCCAAAACUCUGACAUGGCUAUGGAUCUUCAUUCCAAUAGCUGGGGUUGGAGGAGUGUGUGUGCUUGCUAGUGUGUGCUAUUGGACAAGAAAACACAUAAAGGGACGAGGGUUGGAGGAAGAUAUGAAAAUAGAGCUUCAAAUCAAAAGCUCUUCCAAUGCCCCGCUUAAGUUUCAGCUGAAGGAGCUUUUAUCAGCCACAAGGAAUUUCCACUCAUCAAACAAGCUUGGGAAAGGAGGGUUCGGGAUGGUUUACAAAGGCACCUUAAACGGAAAAGAUGUUGCUGUGAAGAGGAUUUCAAAGAAUUCACGUCACGGUAAGCAAGAUUUUAUAGCAGAAAUCACAACCAUAGGGAAUCUCAAUCACAAACAUUUAGUGAAGUUACUAGGAUGGUGCUAUGAAAAGGGUGAGAUUGUCCUCGUGUAUGAGCUCAUGCAGAAUAGGAGCUUAGACAGAUUCAUAUUUUCAAAUUCUGGAGGCGAUUCAACUCUGAAUUGGGAAAAGAGGGUGGCUAUUUUAUGUGGGGUUGCUCGGGCACUAGACUAUCUUCACAAUGGAAGUGAUAAUAGAGUGCUGCAUAGAGACAUAAAGCCAAGCAAUGUGAUGUUGGAUUCAGAAUUCAAUGCUCGGCUUGGAGACUUUGGCUUAGCUCGCACCAUUCAUCUUAGUGAAAAAUCUCACCACUCAACAAGAGAAAUUGCUGGAACACCAGGGUAUAUGGCGCCAGAAAGCUUACACACACAAAGGGCUUCGGUUGAAACCGAUGUCUAUGCAUUUGGUAUUCUGAUGCUGGAAGUUGUGUGUGGAAGAAGAAAUGCUGAACACAGACAGGACCUGAGAUUUUGUAGCAGCAUAGUGGAAUGGGUUUGGGAGCUUCAUGGCAGAGAAAAGAUAACUGAUGCUGUGGAUUUGAGACUGAAUGAUGAUUUUGAUAAGGCUGAAGCGAAGUGUGUGUUUGAGUUAGGGUUAGCAUGUUGCCAUCCUAAUCCAUAUGAGAGGCCAUCAAUGAGAAGUGUGUUGCUGGUGCUGAUAGGGGAAGCUUCUCCUCCAUUUGUAGCAGCUGAGAAACCUGCUUUCACAUGGCCAGCCACUGCUUCUGUUCUCAACGAAGAGUCAAAUUUCCAAGUAAUAGUCUCUCAAAAUGAACCCAUAACAGAAUUGAAAAGUGGGAGAUGAUGAAUCAUUCUAUGUUUCAAAAUGUAAUGCUUUUUUAUCACAUGUCAGAGGAAUGGUAUUUCUCUGAUAUAAAAGUUGGAAAAUGUACUCUGUUGCCGCAUAUUUGUCUAUAAGGAUGGGUGUGUAAUACCCACUAUAUGUCAAUGUUCUAGGAUUUAUAUCAUUAAUGUUAUGAGAUUUUAAGGAUCCAUAGAAGAAGUCUUUUCCUAAUUAGUGAAGAGAAGGAAAUUUGAUGAAAUAUGUGCAGGUUGCUUAAAUUGUUGUAGCCUUGUUUCUUAUCUUUCUUUUUUGCACUCGCUCACAUAGGAAUGUUAGGAA